GGGAGCGCAUCGGCCGAACCAGGAUGAGGAGGAGCGCGCUAUAAGAAGACAAGCGACCCCGGACAGCAUUCACACAGCAGACUCGACUAUGACGAAGAGAUGAGGAGAGCGAGAGAGAGCAAUGAACUAAGAAGAGAGAGAGAAGAGCGAUCAGGAUGACUUAUUUUGAGGCUGUGGCUUGAGCGCCCAUUGCGAGAGAGAGGGAGGGAGGAAGGGACGCCCCGGCGAGUUUCAAGUGGCCGGGCGGAGCUGCUGCUUAUUCCAAGUGUCACAUUGAACACCUGAGCGGUCUGUUCCCUGCCUCAUCACCAUCCUCGUCCUUUUACUUGACCCCGAUGUCAUCAAUUCUACUUUGAGCUUCGAGAAGUCUGGAACAAGUCCCGACAGUCAGUGACGGAGACAUCCGUGACGCCUCAAUAUGUACCAGGGGCAUUUACAGGGCAAAGACUCUAGGGCUGCAGAUAAGACUGUUGCCAUGGUCCUGAAGGAGAUACCAAGUAAGGCGUCUUCAGAAGGCAAGCCCCUCCUCACGGUGACUACCAAGUUGGUGAGUGAGCAACAAGAAAGUCGCCCGCUACUGAGUCCAUCCAUUGACGAUUUUCUUUGCGAGACCAAGUGUGAUGGGCUUUCUCGCCCAGUGACUUCCAACACAGCAGUUCUCUCGUCAACAUUGGACCUACUGGAUCUCAGCGAGCCAAGCGAGCAGAGAAACAACAAAGACAAAAAGAGUCCUCGUUCAUCCCGUAGCGACAAGCAAAAAAGCCCGCACAGGAAAAAGAACGCAGAAACAGAGCUGAUCCAGGUGGAGCUGGAACAGAGCAUGCGGACAACAGAGAGAGCAUCACUUGACUCCGCUAUCGUUGGUUCACCGUUGGAUAGAUGGGAAGAGUUGAACCCCAACCCUGAGAGAAACAGUAACAGAAAGUGGAAAUUGGAGAGACGGCGUUCAUCAAAAAACUCUUCAAAUGAAUUUCUAUGGUCCAUUGACUCUAAAACCCAAUUAGAGCCAUUGAAUAAAAACUGCGUGGAAGCAAACACCAAAGCAGAACCCGAGUCUGCCCUUGCAUCUCAACUCAACAGGCAGUAUAUUAGUGGAAGACAUGCUCGUCUAACCAAGGAUCAGCGGUGGGGCAGCGCCCUCCUUUCCAGACAUCAGUCUCUAGAAGAAGAGUUUGAGCGAGCCAAGGCUGCCGUGGAGUCGGAUACAGAGUUCUGGGAUAAGAUGCAAGCAGAGUGGGAGGAACUGGCUCGACGAAACUGGCUGACGGAGAAUGAGCAAGCCCAGAUUCCCUCCACGGUCUCUCCACAUGAGAAGGGUUACUACUUCCACACGGAUAAUCCUUAUAAGGACUUGCCUAAUGCGUUUGAUGAGGGGUUGAAGAAGUCUCGAGAAGGAGACUUGCCAAAUGCGGUGCUUAUGCUGGAAGCAGCUGUCUUGCAAGACCCUCAUGAUUCCGAGGCUUGGCAAGUGCUCGGGACCACUCAGGCCGAAAAUGAGAAUGAGCAGGCAGCGAUUGUCUCCCUACAGAGGUGUUUGGAACUCCACCCCAACAAUCUCACGGCCCUCAUGGCCUUGGCGGUGAGUCUGACCAACACGGGUAUGCGUUACGAAGCCUGCGAGGCUUUGCUCCGCUGGCUGCGGCACAAUCCGAAAUACAAACACCUCCUGAAAGGCAAAAACCAACUUGCGGGAUCCCCAAACUCCCAGCGCAGGAUGUCCCAAGCGCCCAACGUUGGCAGGCAUGAAAGCUCCGUGCUACCCGAGGUCAAGGAACUCUUCUUGGAGGCAGUCCAGCACAACUCGGACACCGUUGACCCGGACUUGCAGACGGGCCUCGGGGUGCUUUACAACCUCAGCAGCGAGUUCAACAAGGCGGUGGAUGCUUUCAACACGGCCUUGUCAGUGCGGCCUGAGGAUUACUUGCUGUGGAACCGGCUAGGGGCAACUCUUGCAAAUGGAGACCGAAGCGAGGAGGCGGUGGAGGCGUACACAAGAGCUUUGGAGCUUCAGCCGGGAUUUAUCAGGUCUCGCUAUAACCUGGGAAUCAGCUGCAUUAACCUCGGAGCACACAGAGAAGCGGCCAGCAACUUCCUGACAGCCCUCAGUCUUCAGCGGAAAAGCCGGAGUCGACAGCAGUCCCACCAGGUCAUGUCCGGAAACAUCUGGGCCGCUCUCAGGAUAGCUUUGUCCAUGAUGGACCAGCCUGAACUCUUCCAGGCUGCAAACAUCGGUGACCUGGAUCUUCUCAUGAAAGCCUUUAACUUAGACAUAUGAGGAAUAGUAAGGUAGUGACAACUGUUGUUCCUCCUCUUUCGUCUAGCCAGUAGCUCAGAGCCCAAAGCGGACACAUCAGAAUGCAUCGGAUGUAAGGCUGGAGAUUUUCCGUUUCUUUUUAUGCACGUCGUCCACCCCAAUUAACUUGGAGCUGUUCUGAGGACAGGUUCUUCCAAGUGACUGCUUUGUGACGGAUUUGCACAGCACCCCGAAGAGCACAAGGGUGGGCGAAGAUUGUACGAGCAAUGCCUUAGAGAAUUUUGUCAAUUAAAAACGGGCUCAGUCAUUGGAACAGAGCUGAACCGGGAGUGAUCUCACAGAGGGAUUCCGUCAUGUACAGUUUGCUGUUUGCACACAACUGACGAGAUUUUGGGAAAACAAAGCUUUCGCUCAGAAAGACUCACGGGUGGAUUCAGUGAGCAAAUGAAAACAACUGCACCAUAUAUCCUGAAGUUCACAUUUCUCUUGCCGGCUUGGAAUAAUGCUCCCGCAUGACUUUUCAAAAUGUUUCCCUUUUUGCACUUGAGACAAACCGGUAACCUCCUCAGUCCAAGUGGAAUGUGCAAGCCAGGUUGUGUUAAGCCUUACUCAAAAGCAUGCCGACAAGAUUUAUUGAUACUAUUUUUAUGGCAACACAAAAACACUAAGCCAUUGCAUCCUAUAUAUUAGAUUACCGGACCAGUUUCACUUUCUUUGAUUUAUUGCUGUUUCUGUCUUUUUCUCAUUUGCCUGAACCUGUUCUUUUUUUUAAUCUUUGCUCAAUUUAAUGUAAUGAUGGUUUUCUGCUGAGCAUCAAUUUUGAAGAAAAAAAAUUUCAUCACUCCGUACUGUUUCAGCUUCUAAACCUUUAAACUUUUUCUUUAUCUUCAGGCAUCAUCCAACUUUUCCAAGCAGUGCAGUUCAGGUUUAGGUUUGGAAGUGGUACUGCUUGGUGGGAAUUAUUUUAGUUAAAAAAAAAUAGCAUGGUUAUAAUCCAGAAAAGUCAAAUACCCGCCAUUCCAUGUCCUCUGCAGCACUAUUGUUUGAAAGUCACUCUGUGACUUUUAUUUUCAGUCAAUUGGACUAAAUGGUAACCUUCCAUCUGCCUUCCUUUACGUUGAGCCCAACACUUGGCUAUUUAACAGGCGUGGCAGCGACCCUGCCAAGCUGAAGAUGUGGAGGUCUGAUUCUAUGCAAAAGGUCAUAUUUCAUGUUUAUCGGACCUUAGAAAAAUGCUAAGAAUGCUAUCAGGGGAAGCCAGAGCCCAGUUAUUAUUCUUUCCAAUCAUACAGCAGUGUGGUCGUGGGUUGAAUAAGGACAAGGAUUUCAUUAGGAAAUCGGUGCGAGACAACAACAGGAGAUAAACCCAAAUCUGAAGAUAAAGGCAACACAAUUCAUUUUGUAGCCUGGUGUGCCACGUUGUGUUACAUGGCAGUGUCAUCUUUGUCCUUGUUUGCACCAAAAAUAUCAGAAUUACAUCAACGCCGUCCUGCUGAUUUACUGUUUGAAUUCAUGCGGGCUACCUUUUGUCAAGGAACAGGAAAUUUCACUAACAUUGUAAUAAUAACAUGUUAACUUUCAUGGCAGUAAAAAGUGUGUUUUUUUUUUUUUUUUGCUCACACCAGCUUCUUUGCUCAACAUUGAACUAAAAAUUAAAACCUAAAUAUCUGUUUUGCUUCUUAAAAUGUUAACGUUUUCUUUUUGGGAUGCAGCUACGCCAGCCCUCACUUUGAACCGCCAAUAUUGAGUGAACAUUUUUGAUCGGGCUAUGUCGUUUCUACAUCCUGCAAAAUCAUUUAAACUAGUUUUGUUGUGCAGAUGCGUUUGAACGUAUGUAAUAAUAGUCUUUUGAACAUACAGAUAAAGUCGUUGGAGUAGAUAGACAAAGUUCUCCGAACGUAUUUGAUAAAGCCAGUCAAGCGUAUUGGUAAAACAUAGGCUAAAAGCUAAAAACGUUUUUCCCCAAUAAUGCAACAUAUUUUUUCCAAUGACCCCGUGGGCUUUUGUGUAAUUGCCAAUGUUUUGUUUUUACAUUUAUUUAUUUAUUUAUUUAUUUAUUUAUUUAUUUAUUUAUUUAUUUAUUUAUUUGUGCUGAGGUGGUUUUAAUAAUUGACUUUACUAACUUGAGGACACGCCAGAUAUUCUGUGCAUGCUGCUACAGCAUAUACAGCCAAAACAAGUCACGGGCGGAAAGUAGUCUGUGUGUGAAGAAAAAAUUAUAGUCAGGCGAGACCACCAGAGAGGGUUUUAUGAUCCCCAAAAAAUAGUUUGUAAUGUUUUUUUUUCCACCCACUGUCCUUGUUAAUUCAAUGAGGCCACAUGGCAGAAUGGCUUUGGAUGAGUCUUUUGUGCCUCUGCGUCACAGCUGGCCACCAGAUCUGUUUGUUUUCACUGGCCUCCUCCACACUGUCCUAAAUGCUGACAUUGCCAGGUCCCCACACGACCGCCAGGCUUGUUGGACAAAGCAGGACCGGUACAAGCCUCCAAAUAACUUUUUUUUUCUUCAAUAGACAGGAGUCAUUUAGAAACACCACCUGUUCAUGCAACUGUGUAUCAAAACUGAAACAAUGAUGUCUGUUUCCAAAUGUACAAAAUCCUAAAUCUAGUUUUCUGAUAGAGGUUUGCAGGCCUCUACUGUUUUUGCUUGAAAUGAAGAAACUAUUUUUUUAAAGAAACCUUCGAUGGCAUACUGUAUUGCAUUGAGUGUCGGUAGAAGCGACUCGUUGAAGCCUCUCAGGUGAAUUCUCAUAAAGCAUGCUCCUGAGAAACAAAACGAGCUUGAGCGCAUGCCCGAUCCUUUUACAUUGAGUUUGUAUGCAUGGGCAACGUGGAAAUGCUUUCUUUUAGUCCGAGUAACAGCAUAUAUGGCAUUUCAUUGAGAUAUGUUUGCAAUUUAAAAACUGCACCCUUGACAAAAAAGUGCAUAUACAUACUACAUCUAUAUACUGUAAAAUGCUUUGGUUAGAAUGAAACAGCUAAUGAACAAAACACUAUGAAGCUCACUAGUACGUUACUAGGAAUUUUAGAAUUACCGUAUGACUUGACUACUGAUAACGUUUUUUACGAACCCCAACCAUUAGAGCGAUAUAGUAUCUCCUCAAAUAUGUUUUAAUCCUUGAAAUUAUUCAUGAUUAUUAAUAUACUCUUGCAAUUUGGCCCAAAUAUUUCAUUUGGGUAUAAAUCCAAAUUCUUUAUUUUUUUGUCCUCCUUUCAUUACCAUUAGAUGUGCAAUUUGAUAUUAUUGCAAAAUUUAUUAAAUUUCACAACCGUUUUAUCUCACUGACUAUGUGAUGAAUUAGUCACCAAAUUAUUGGGCUAGAUUUAAUUCAAUAAUCAUUAUCUUGCCUUAUGAUGAUCAAAAAACUAUAAAUGUGCCUCAACAUCUUUCAAGUUCUUCUAAGUUUUUGUCAAAGGUAUAAAUGGUUGGGGUUUGUAAGAGUUAUCUGUAUUUUUUACUUCACUGAAGUGUACAAAAGUAAUUUUUGUAUUUUGUUGAGCUAUGCAUCUGACAUGUAUGAAGGACAUUGAAAUGAUACGCUUUAAUCAAUAAUACGCUUUAAACAAUCCAUUUAGUUCAACACUGUAAUGCAUAUUACUCUCCCUGUAUAAUCACAAUGACCGCAUUAGAACCUUUAAAAUGAACAUUAUGAAAGUAAUCUUUUCAAAAUAAACUGUUGUGAUACAAAUUCCA